AUGGGAAUUAACAUCCGUGCUGCUUUGUUCUCAAUAAUUUAUAAAAAGUGUCUUAGGCUUUCAAGCGAAUCAAAACAAGGGCAUACUUGUGGGGAGAACAUUAAUUUGAUGAGUGUUGAUGUUGAGAGGAUAGGCCUUUUCAGUUGGUACUUUCACAAUAUAUGGGCAGUGCCUGUUCAGGUUGUUCUAACAUUAUUGAUCUUGUACAAGAGCCUUGGGCUUGCUUCACUUAUAGCUUUUAUUUCCAUAAUAAUUUUGAUGUUAACGAAUAUUCCACUAGGAAAACUACAAGAGAAAUUUCAAGAGAAAUUGAUGGAUUCAAAAGAUCGACGGAUGAAAGUAACAUCUGAGGCAUUGAGGAAUAUGAGGAUCCUCAAGCUCCAGGGUUGGGAGAUGAAAUUCUUGGAUAAGAUAUUUGAGCAUAGGAACUUUGAAACAAGAUGGUUAAAAAAAUUACUUUAUUCAUUAUCUAUGUUUUCCUUUAUCUACUUAUCUGCUCCCAUGUUUGUAUCCAUGGUUACUUUUGGGUUCUGUAUGCUUAUGAGAAUUCCAUUAGAUUCAGGGAAGAUUCUAGCGGCAUUUGCAACAUUUGAGAUAUUAUAA